CACUCUGACCCAGAGGAGUUCUACAUCAAGCAAGAUAGGAUAGGCAAAGGAUCCUUUGGAGAAGUAUACAAAGGAUACGAUAAACGUACCCAGAAGACUGUAGCGAUCAAGAUCAUUGACCUCGAGAGUGCGGAAGAUGAGAUUGAAGAUAUCCAGCAGGAGAUCCAGAUCCUCUCCCAACUGGACUCGCCGUAUGUUACUAAAUACCAUGGAUCGUUCCUAAAAGGAUCUCACCUUUGGAUUGUCAUGGAGUACUGUUCAGGAGGCUCUUGUUCUGACCUGAUGAAACCGGGCGUGUUUAGGGAGGAGUAUAUCGCUAUCAUCGUUCGCGAACUCCUUCGAGGGCUGGACUAUCUGCACACCGAGGGCAAAUUACAUCGCGAUAUCAAAGCCGCGAAUAUCCUUCUAUCUGCAAACGGUGAUGUUAAACUAGCUGAUUUCGGAGUUUCCGGACAGCUGUCCGGUACUUUGUCUGCUAAGAAGAACACGUUCGUUGGAACACCCUAUUGGAUGUCGCCGGAGGUUAUCAAACAAAGCGGUUAUGACCACAAGGCUGACAUCUGGAGUCUGGGCAUUACAGCCAUUGAACUGGCUAGAGGUGAACCGCCCUACGCUGAAUUGCACCCGAUGAAGGUGCUAUUCUUAAUCCCUAAGAACCCUCCUCCGACUCUGGAGGGCAACUUCUCAAAACCAUUCAAGGAUUUUGUAUCUUACUGUCUGCAGCGAGAUCCUCGCGACCGGCCGACUGCUCGUGAACUCUUGAAGCACAAGUUUGUGCGCAUGGCUAAGAAAACCAGCUACCUCACAGAACUCAUCGAACGUCAUGAACGAUGGAAAGCCGAGGGAGGAGAGCGAGUGGACGACGAUGAGCAGAUACGUCCGGAAGACAUACCUGGUGAUGUCGAUGCCGAUGACCUCUGGGACUUUGGUACUGUCCGUCAUGCUGGAUCAACUAUAGGACGAGGCCAGGCGAAUCCCAUCCAAGUUUCUGGCCCUCCUUUAACAUGGGAGAUGGGUCAGAAUGGCACGAGGCGCUCCGCCGGGUCGUCUGAUUCUAGCGGAUCGUACAGGGGCACUACUCGACGCAGCGCUGGCUCAGAGGCUUCCUCCCAUAGCUCCUCUAUCACAGUUACCGCGACGAACAAAGGAGAACUUCCACCUUUGCCCCCGUCAGCACCCAAUACCCCGAGGAAAUAUGACCGUCAGGCUACGGUGCGGCAUGGAAAUGGAGAGGUUGCUCCCAAUGGUGUUGGACCUCGACGAGAACCUUCAGAUGAAUACGAAGAUUACGAUGGCGACCUGGUUGAUCCGUAUGAAAUUCAGCAGACUGAUCGACGGUUAGAUGAGCUGCCGGAUACCACGAUGUUGGACUCCGUUGUUUUGCCUGCAAUUGCUUCGCUCUUCCCCCGGGUCCAAUCUCAGGAGGCACGCGUCGCAUUGAGCGCUCUCCAGCGAGCAUUCACAGACGCCGAGCGCAUAAUUCCUGGGGUUACGCUCGAACUGGUUAAUGAAAUCGUUGACUCCGUCGAGCACGUUGAAGAUGAUCACUGA